UAGGAGGUGUGGCAACGAUGCCGAAUGUGCGGAGGGCGACGCGCGAUUUCAUGGAUUUGGUCGCAUCCUGCCUCACCGCCGCCAGGAUCGACGCGCUCUACGCCAGCAAAUGGACUUGCCAGGCGGUCUUGAGAUCGCUGCCGCCAUUGGCGAAGCUCUACGUGUUGCGAUUGCUCUACCUGGAUGCCGCGGUUCCGGACAAGAUGCUGCUGGAAUGGAUCAAGGGAGACGCUGUUGCCAAGCACAAAAAUGCGGUGGACAGGCUAGUCCAGCUCAGAGUUUUCCUUCCAGAAGAGAAGAAGAAAGAAACACACUACAGAGUUAAUCCCAAGUUUCAGGAGCAACUACGACUGGCAUUGUCUACUGGUUUAGGAACUCCCAGGGACCCCUUGCCUCCAGACAUCGCCGUGAGGAUGCCGUCCGCGAAGGAGCUGGACGACUAUGCGACUGAAAAAUGGGAGUCAGUUGUUCUCCAGCUCGUCAACUUUGCCUCUCCGGAUGGCCCAUCCGCAUCGACCAACGGAUUCAUCGUCCAGCUCUUCCAAAAGGCCGAUUUGCUUACUUCAGGCCAGGAUCCUAAAAUCACUCCAGCUGGCUUUCAGUUCCUUUUGCUGGAUAGGAACUCUCAGCUUUGGAGAGUGAUCCGAGAGUACGUUCAAUAUGCAGAGGCUCGUCAAAUAGACACUGGAGAGCUAAUCCGCUUCCUUUUGGAGAUUGGAUUCUACAGCGUCGGCGAGCCAUAUAGCAUGGAUUCACUUCCAAACAGCCAACGCAAUUUCGCGGAGGAGCUCGCAAUGCUCGGGGUGUUGCAGCUCCAAAAGGGUAUGAAAGAUCGAUGGUUCAUUCCAACGAGACUCGCUACUGGUCUUUCAGCGAGUUUGUCUGAAUCAUCAGCAUGGCAAACGGAGGGAUUUAUCAUGGUGGAAACGAACUUCAGAGUCUACGCGUACACGUCUUCGAAGCUUCAUAUCGAGACGCUCCAUGUUUUUGUCAGGACCGAGUACGUUCUUCCAAACAUUCUUGUCGGGAGCAUCACAAAGGAGAGUGUCAACGGCGCGUUUGCGAGUGGAAUAUCUGCAGACCAGAUUAUCAAAUUUCUCCAGCAGCACGCUCAUCCGUUUGUAGCUCAAAAAGUUCCUUCGGUUCCAGAGACUGUUUGCGACCAGAUUCGUCUGUGGGAAUCGGACCGCGUGAGAGUGCAAUAUCUUCCCGCGUACUGCUACGAAGGCUUCCCAAGCACGUCUGUUUACGAGUCAGUGGUGGCUCACGCCAGGGAUCGAAAUGGGCUUUUGUGGGAGGACGCUAACAGGAAAAUGAUCGUCGUGGGUGGCGAACACCAUGAAGCCAUUCGAGCCUUCCUUCAAAACAUCAACAAGAAAAAAUAAAUUUUCGAAAUGCUAAUCCUUUGUGCAAAUUUUCUUAGUUCUUUUGACGGAGUAAUUCUUAUGUUUUU